GAUGGUCAUGGUUAUGUCAGAAGCCUGCGGCCAUUUCUGUGGCCGUUUCCAUCGAAGUUGCUGCGGGGCGAAGCUGCCGAAGCCGUGACGCCCAAUGGUCGAAUGCCAUGCAGCGCUCAUUGGUGCGGCCAUGGGUGGUGCAGGACCUUUGCUGAUGAAUGGUAUAGGCCGAGCCACCGGCAUGAGCCCGGAGCACACUGGGGAUCUGCACAUGCCACGACAACCCGUUGGAGUUAUCUCCCUCUUCGGCGCCCUUGCUUCCGCGAGCAGCGCGGCCUUCGCCACCAUGGCCUUCAGCGUGCCCUGCGGUGUGGCCGUGGGGGCGGUCACUGCGUGUGUUGUGACAGGGGUGGGUUUGACGGACAUGCUGAAACGGCGCAAGAUCUUGCUGAUGCAGCCCAAGGGCCGACGCAGAUGACCCGGGACAAAGAUUCCUGGAAUCAUAGACCUGGCAACCAGCAGUUGGGCUACUCGCCCAAAUCCCUC